AUGAGAGAACGGAGGCUGGGAUAUCACCGGCCGAAUCACUACAUCGCUACACAAGGACCGAUGCAGGAGACUGCCAUCGACUUCUGGAGGAUGGUGUGGCAGGAGAACACGGCAACCAUCGUCAUGGUGACCAACCUGGUGGAAGUUGGCAGGGUGAAGUGCUGUAAAUACUGGCCAGAUGACACCGAGAUCUACAGAGACAUCAAGGUGACGCUGAUCGAGACGCAGCUUCUGUCUGAGUACGUCAUCAGAACAUUUGCGGUGGAGAAGCGAGGAGCUCACGAGAUCCGUGAGAUCAGUCAGUUUCAUUUCACCGGUUGGCCGGAUCACGGCGUUCCGUAUCAUGCCACAGGUCUGCUGGGAUUCGUGCGGAGGGUCAAAACCAAAUCACCCACCAAUGCUGGACCCAUUGUGGUCCACUGCAGUGCGGGGGCGGGGCGAACGGGCUGCUUCAUCGUGAUUGACAUCAUGCUGGACAUGGCGGAGCGGGAAGGAGUCGUCGACAUCUAUAACUGUGUGAGAGAGCUGCGAUCUCGCAGAGUCAACAUGGUCCAGACCGAGGAGCAGUAUGUCUUUAUUCAUGACGCCAUCUUGGAGGCGUGUCUCUGCGGCGACACCACCAUCCCAGCCAAUCAGCUUCGCUCUGUUUACUACGACAUGAACCGAUUGGAUCCUCAGACCAACUCCAGUCCAAUCAAAGAGGAGUUCAGGACGCUGAACAUGGUGACGCCGACGCUGCGUGUGGAGGACUGUAGCAUCGCUCUGCUGCCGAGGAAUCAUGAGAAGAACCGCUGCAUGGAUGUGCUUCCUCCGGACCGCUGCCUGCCCUUCCUCAUCACCAUCGACGGAGAGAGCAGCAACUACAUCAACGCCGCGCUCAUGGACAGCUACAAGCAGCCGUCUGCGUUCAUCGUUACCCAGCAUCCUUUGCCAAACACAGUGAAGGACUUCUGGCGUCUGGUUCUGGACUAUCACUGCACAUCUAUAGUGAUGCUGAACGACGUGGAUCCAGCGCAGCUGUGUCCGCAGUACUGGCCGGAGAACGGUGUUCAUCGUCACGGGCCGCUGCAGGUGGAGUUUGUGUCGGCGGAUCUGGAGGAGGACAUCAUCAGCAGGAUCUUCCGCAUCUACAACGCUGCACGGCCGCAGGACGGGUACAGGAUGGUGCAGCAGUUCCAGUUUCUGGGCUGGCCGAUGUACCGCGACACACCUGUCUCCAAACGCUCCUUCCUCAAACUCAUCCAUCAGGUGGACAAAUGGCAGGAGGAGUACGACGGAGGAGAGGGACGCACCGUAGUGCACUGCCUGAACGGCGGCGGUCGCAGCGGGACGUUUUGUGCCAUCAGCAUCGUGAGUGAAAUGCUGCGGCAUCAGCGCUCGGUCGACGUGUUUCACGCCGUCAAAACCCUGAGGAACAACAAGCCCAACAUGGUGGAUCUGCUGGAUCAGUACAAGUUCUGCUAUGAAGUGGCUCUGGAGUAUCUGAACUCAGGCUGACGGACCGACCAUACACCUGUGUGUGUGUGUGUGUGUAUGUGUGUGUGUGUCGCUCGUAUAUCUUUACAGUGAAGCUUCUUCUGUCUGGAUGCAUCAAGCCUGUGAAGAGCAGACUGGCGUCUCUUUUCCCUGAUGCUUCAUCAGUGUUGUAACAGAGUCUUUUCAACUGAAGGAAUUCACAACAUUUGCACGACCAGAUCCUCAUGAAUACAUUAAUGAGCCUCAUUUGAAUAUUAAUGAGGCGAGUCUGCUGUGAUUGGCUGAAACGCUCCUGAUGUUUAAACCCGAUUGGUUGUUGAAUGAGACACAAGUGUGUUUUGGUGUAAAUUGUGUAACGUGUGAAAUCUCAUAAGAUUCGGAGGAAUGAGGUCACAGCUGUGAUCUUCAUCAUCUUCAUCAUCAUCAUCGAUCCAAAGCUCGUCAUCGCUCGCUCUUCACGCAUCCGCUCCUUUGCUUUUAUGGUGUUUUUAAUAUUGUUUGUUUAUACUGUAAAUAUUGGAGGUGUGCUGUGAUAUUUAUUCAGGACAAUCAUCUUGUACUGGUUCUUGACUUCAUAUUGUACAUGAUCAAAUAUACUGAAUGGAUCAACAAACGUCUGCCUGCUAAUAACUCACUGUGUGUAUAUAUGUAUAUGAACUUCUUUAACUGUCCGUGUUGGAAAUCUGACCCAGGGUGAAAUCAGUAACACUUUACUUGAAGUCUUUAUGGAUUGUGCAUUAUAAAGGUAUUCAUAAUGUAUGUUGUAAUGCAUUCAUAAAUAACUGUAACCAGAACUGCAUCGUGAUAUUUGUUGUGUGUUUUAAUGCAUUAUACUUUCUAAAGGUGUAACAAUGAAUAGAUAAGUGUUAUAAUGCAUUAUAACUGUGCUUAUAAUUAUAAUCAUGGGAUCAUUAAAUGCAUUCCAUAAUCAGUGCAUUAAAAACACUUUUAUAAAGC